AUGUCUGCACCAACAUCAAACCUGCCCUUGGAUGACAGGUCAGACGCCAUCAAAUACAGUUAUCCAUUUCUGGCUCUCGUUAGCACCUCCUUCGUAGCCCUUCGUGUAGGAAACAAUAUCAGGAACAAAAAGUAUUACAAUGUGAGCGAUUUGCUCCUUGUUUUCGCGCAGGCCUGCGCUCUUGUUGGAUCGACUUUUGGCUACAUGUGCGCAUGGGUCGGAGCUGGCAAGCAUGCUUGGGAUCCUUCUGUGACGCCACAGGACAUUGCAAAAUAUCUGCAGUACCUCUGGUUUGCACAGACCUUCAACUUGACCUCUAUGGCCGCCCUCAAGUUCAGCAUCUGCGCCUUUAUGCUGCAGCUCGACUUCUCGAAGACUUUUCGUAUGUUGAUCUGGGUUUCAGUUGUUGUCCAUGCUGGCUUCAAUGUGGUAUUUCCCUAUAUCAUUGUAUUUGUGGAAUGCGGCCCGAUCGCGAAGCAUUGGGAUAAUGCUUUGCCUGGAUACUGCUGGGGACCCAAGGCUAGACUUGUAUCAGGAUACUGUGGUGCUGCUUCAAACAUCGUAUCAGACCUUUUCUACACUUGUGCGCCGCUCAUAUACACUGCAAAGGUGCAAUUGCCUCCGCGAGUGAUGUGGGGUGUUCGCGUGGUUUUCCUACUUGGCUUCAUAACAACGGUCAUCUCCGGCGUCAAGUUGUACGAGAUCAAAGCUCUAAGCGAAUCGAAAGAUGUUGCCUACGAAAGCGUGAACCUCUCCAUCUUAUCAGUAUCGGAGGUAUUGGUGGGCUCGCUCACUGCCAGCCUACCUCCUCUUCGUCGCCUGUUCGAGAACUUCCUUAAUCGGAUACUUUCUGAGAGCGUCAUGGGCACGAACCGUAGGACGAUGGGGAACAGUUACGUAUUACCGGACUAUGACAGCAAAACGAACACGAGGCGGGUGAAGCAGGAAGAACACGAGUCUGACGACAGUAGCGAGAAGACCAUCUUGCCUGAUGCCGCAGGGUCGAACGCGCACAUUGUAGAGGGAAAAGCUGGUGAGAUUAUGAGGACUACACAUGUGAGCCUGACGGUUGACGACACAAAGCCCCAUUCGAGGAAUGAGGAUUGGGCUUGA